UUAAAAUAAGAUGGCUGCGGAACAGGGAAGAUGGUUUGAGAAAUGGUCAAAUAUUUUGUUUAUCCGUCGCUAGGAGGAUGCACAGUGUUCCCGGUGAAGGAGUAGUUGAUGUCUCUGCCUCCCUGGUUCUGUUUUGUGCGGCUCACUGAUUGUGAGCGGCCUCUCAACGGCUUGCUGGUCUGACAUUGUGGAAUUCACCAGCAGCUAGUCGUUAGCAACACACUGUAGCUAACUUAUGAGCAACCAGCUAAUAAGAGCUCUUCGAGGAAAUCUGCACUACCCGACAACAGAGACCGAGAAAUAUCAGAGUGCCCGUCCACACCGACUAUGGAGUGGAGUUGGCUUCCAACUGGAUGACAGCAUCCACAGGGAGGACAGGGACACACGACCAGUCCACCUGCCUCCCACCAAGUUCAGUAUGAGCUGGUUGAGCAGGCUGAACCCACGGGGUCCAGGGAGUCGGUCUAGUAGGAGUGCCACUCCUUCCAGCCCCCACACAGCUGACCCAGAAACCUGCCUUAUGGUGUUUGAGAAUCACUGGAGACAGGUUUCUUGGGUGUUGGAGCAGCACGAGACUUCAUCCUCCAGUGAUGAUCUUACCGCAGUGAGAAACAACACUGACCAAAUGUUAUGUCUGCUGGCCGAAGAGCGCCCAGCCGAGAGCCCAGAAAGUGGCUCAGGCAUGGCACCCAUGGGCCCAAUUCUGGAGCUUGUGGUCACAGAGAAUAUUCUGGACCGCCUAGUUCAGUGGCACCUGAGUCGUGGCUUGGAUCCAGACAGCCAGGGGGCUCUGCUCAAGCUGUUUGAGAUGCUCAUUGGCCAAUCCCAGCAGCCUUUGCUGCAGCACACAGCUAUCCUCCACCCGCUGCUUAGGCUGCUCGGAGCAUGUGCCAGCUCAGAACUCAACUGUUCGUCGGCCCUGGAGAACAGCCUAGUGCUGCUGCUUAACCAGGUCUGUGUCCUCAUGGCUCGGCAGCCAGUGGUUUUAGAAAUGUUGCUUCGGGCUGCCCCAGCCCAUCAAGGCUCCACCAACCUGCUGAUUUUCUCCCUCCUUGUGCCAUUCAUCCACCGAGACGGAGCCAUCGGACAACAAGCACGGGAUGCACUGCUGCUUGUAAUGGCGGCAUCAGCCAGUAAUGAGAAUGUGGCACAAUACAUAGCUGAGAACUCUUACUUUUGCCCGGUGUUGGCAACAGGCCUCAGUGCCCUAUAUUCCUCUCUGCCCAGGAAGAUAGAAGUUCGAGGAGAUGACUGGCAUGCCUUGCGACGUGAAGACUGGUUAGGCGUAUCUUCACUCGUGCUCUUUAUGAAUUCACUCGAAUUUUGCAACGCUGUUGUCCAGGUUACGCAUCCCAUAGUCCGCUCUCAGCUUCUGGACUACCUCCACAACGGUUUCCUUGUACCCGUCAUGGGUCCCGCCCUGCAUAAGUCAUCAGUUGACGAGAUGAUCGCCAGUACCGCCUACCUGGAUCUUUUCUUACGCAGUGUAACAGAAACGUCCCUCCUUAAAACCUUUCUGCGCUUCAUCCUCCUUCAUCGCCAUGACAAUGACACUAUCCUGGAUACCCUGCUCACACGCAUCAGCAGCAAUUCAAGGCUGUGUAUGGUAUCCCUGAGUCUCUUCAGGACUCUUCUGUCCCUUAACUGUGAAGAUGUGAUGCUGCAGCUCAUUCUCAGGUAUCUGCUACCCUGUACUCAUGUAAUGUUGAGUCAGCGUCGUGCUAUCAAAGAGACUGACCUGUAUGGAAAGUCAGCAGAUAAGUUCCUGUCGCUGAUCCCCGAGUGUUGCCGGCUGAGCACAGGGGUCUUUGCUGAGCGGGAUGAUGACAAUCCAUUUUGGGGCAAAGUACUGAACAGUCCCAGCACUGAGUCUUCAGCUCCACCACGGCCCAGCACCCCAUCCCGCUUGUCUUUCUUCAUCCGUCAACAAAGCGGUGGAGGUGGAUCCGGUGGAAGUGGGGCUUCUACCCCCACCAGCAUGGAGCAGCUGCAUUCAGGUCCAUCAAGCUUCCAUCCUCAGUACCCCGACAGCCCGGUGCACAAGCAAACCCAAUCAGACUGUCUAGACUGGGAUGCAGGUUAUCUGGAGUAUCUCAAAGAUGCCCGCCAGGGCAUCGAGCUUUGCUCCUGGGCCUGCCGUGAUUGGUCGGCACCCUAUGAUGGAGAAAACCCAUCCCCAAAUGCAGUUCCUCCGCCUCCACCUCCCGCUACUUCCAAUGCCUCAAUGGCUAUGUUCCCUGAGCACUUUUCUUUACAGCAGGGAGGCACUAGUAAUACGCCCCCGGGCCAACGGAGAGCAGCCAACAUAGCAGCAGCGCGGUCUGAAUGGAGCAGCUCUGAGCAGGACAGUGGUGAGUGGGAUGUUACAAUUGGCAAAAAUAAUUGCAUCAGUCUCACGCCACGCUCCAAGAAGCGCAGCCUGCAACGAGAGGAGCCCCUUCCUAAACCAGUGCAUCUUCAAAUCCCAUCCACUUCUUCAGCCACAGCUUUAUCAACUUCGAACUCCACCUCAUCCCCAGCUCCACACAUUCCCACCUCUGCUAUCACUGUGAGCUACCAGGCCAUGCAUAAUGGCUCAGUCAGGCAAGGGGAUGGUUGCUUAGACAGCCGUGAAAGAGGACUGGAGGUUAAAAAAGUUAAGAGAGACUUGGGAGACCAGCAGUAUUUUAAUGAAAAUGCCAAUCAAAAUGGUGCUCUGGUCACCUGCUCCUCCCAAAGGUCCACUGCUCUUCUGCAAUCCGUUUUUAGUGACAGUGACAUCAGUGAUGCAAGAUUUCUUUGCUCUAACCAGAUUCCUCCUCAGACUUCCGUCACCCAACCAGCACACGAUACCAAACUAUUGACUAGUGACAACUCAAAGCCACACAACACAGCCUCAGAUCUUCCUGAAACUAACCAAACACAGCAGUCUGUGGAGAGUCUCAUCGAAGAGCUGCUUGAACAUGUACCAGGAGACCAACAGCUGCCUGGAGAGGCCUAUGGUCAGGGCAUCAGCAUUGAGGCCUUCACUCAGGAGCUGAAGGAGUUGGAGGACCAUGUGAAAGGGUUCGGCAAAGUCAACUGCCAGCAGGAGGAAACCAUACCAAAAUCCCUGUCCUCUGAGCGGCAGCAGGAAGAACGGCUCUCGACAUCCCUGGAGGCAAAGCUGCCAGGUGAAGUCAAAGGAGGCGCGUCUUUAAUGGCUGUCUCUAGCCCCGCAAGACCGUUAAACCAGCCCGUCUCCCAGCCAUACACAGGCCCAUUCAUGGUGGUUCUGUUUUCCAAACUGGAGAACAUGCUCCAAAACUCACUGUACGUCAACAUCCUGCUCACUGGCAUCGUAGCCCAAUUAGCCUGCUAUCCUCAGCCCCUCCUUCGCUCCUUCCUGCUGAACACCAACAUGGUUUUCCAGCCCAGUGUAAAGUCACUGAUCCAGGUUUUAGGCUCUGUGAAGAACCGGAUUGAGGACUUUGCAGCAGCUCACGAGGACUUCCCUGCUAUGCUUAAGAAAGCCCAGCAGUACCUGGUGGCUCGCAGUAAAGUGGACUGGAUGGACUCGCCAGCAGCAGUUCCCACCCUGCGGCGCUCUAACUCACUCGUGAAGAGUCGUAAGCCAUCUCUUGGAGACCUGAUCCUUCGUCACACCAACAGUCCCACGCGGGCUCGACAAGCCGCUCAGUUAGCGCUCGCACAUGUUCGGGAUGGCAGUCAAUCACUACACAGUGCUUUCUUCCGGAGCAACACAAGCACGUCGGGCAUUGAAAAGCAAGCGGAGGCCCUGCGGGUUAAAAACGCGGUCUACUGCACUGUGAUUUUCUGCGAGUUCCUCAAGGAGCUUGCUGCUUUGGCGCAAGAGCAUGCCAUCUCUCUGCCGUUUCCUCAGAGUCAGGAGGUAGAAGAGUAGAAUUGACUCCUCAAAAUUAGCAAUGGGCGUCCAUUUAUUUGAUUUUUUUUUUUUUCAAGAUGUAAACUUUAUGGAUUUGUAUUGCACCAGAGGACAAAUAGCACUGAGACUUUCAUGUCACUGAUAUAGUUUGUCUGCAAUAACACAGACAAUUAUAAUAGGAGUGCAAUUACAUUUUUGUACCAACAUUACUAUGACAUACUCAUAGAACCGGGAGAAUUUCCCUAAACUGUAAAUGUUAAGAUUUUUUUUGCAUUGUAUGUAUUAUAUUUGCAUUCUAUACGUGCAAAAAUCUCAAACACAUGAGAUUUGGGAGUUUGAGCUCGUACCUAUAAAUAUGAUGGUGUAAUGUGGCGGUAAAAGCCAGAGAUAAAAGAAAGAGGUGCUAGAAUUCUGUUCAUCUCCAUUUGCGGGGAAGCUUCUCAUGCGACGUAAUAGGCUGCGUCCUCAGCAACCACCAAAUAAGUGUACCAAUGACUUUGGUGAUUUUUGUACAUCAAGCUUAUCACACUAUUUUCAACAGUGUGUGAUCUUCAGUCAGUCUAUCAUCUAUGUGUCAACAGAGAAAGCUGGCAGCAUUUUUCUUUCCUCAGUAGUACUGAGGCAUCCGCAUGAGUCCAUUUCAUCAGCAGGGGUAGUUAAUGUUGUUUUAUUGUUUUAAAUGUUUGUCUAAUUAAUUUGCACAUUUUAAAAAAAACGACAUAUAUAUAUCAACAGCUUUUGGGAGUCAGCAUGUGUGUUAUAGUGUAUAUGAUUUUGAAGAAUGAUUGUUUUCCCAAAGGGUGAUGCGACUUCUAAAAGCUAUAAAUAUUAGUUUUAUAACAUGUAAAACAUUACAUUUCACUAUGUUUUAAAAGAAUAUCAUGGGUAUUUGUUGUUUAUUUCAGAGUUUAGUUUUUUAGCUGCAAAUUAAGUUUGAUAUAAGUUAUCUAGGUUUUAUUAUUUUUCAUUUUUUAGUUAACAGUGGGUAAACUGAUCAAGGGUUUUCAUGUUAGAAGUUGACAUGCUGCUAUUAUCUUAACACUAGCAUUAAUUUCGAUAAGUGAUUUCAUUGCUUGGUACCAAGUAUAAAUGUGCACAUGAAGGUGUUUCCGUUGUAAUCAGCAUUUAAUUUAUUGUUUUGUGUAAUCUGAGGUCAAAUGAAGUUGAGUGUUUUGCCAGGACAAAAUAUUCACUGUUCAAUUUCUCUGUUCUUUAUUUUACUGUCGUACCUUCCGGAAUAGUUUCAAGUAUUUUCUGUUUUUUGCCUGGAAAUUAUGAAAAAAAAAGAUUGAAAAAGACAUUCUAAGACAUUCUAAAAUCACCUGUGCCCCAGCUUUUUACAAAUAACAAUCUUUUCCGAUAGCAAAUGCUUGCCAUUAUGUCAAUAAUUGAAAUUUUUUCCAAUAGAUUUUCAUCUCCUUUCACUAGUUUAGGCCUUUUCACCUUGUCAUAGCCAAAAUUGUACACAUGGCAGAGCCACAGCUGUCAUCAUGUCAGUUUUCUACAGAAUUUGACCCAUAAUUGUUAAAGGAUUCUACACAUUAUUUAAGGCUAAGUUUGCAGUUAAAUAACAGGUAGAUAACACUUUAGUGUUUAACUUUAAUGCAGCAAGAGGUGGCAACAGGAGCAGGUUUCACAAAGACUGUUUACUUCCAUCUGAUUGAGUUAGUGGACAAAUGCUCCUGCAUUUAGCCUCCUAACUACCAUUCCUGUUCUCUGUAUGUCUUGGUGAUCAUGGAGUUUUAGUCUCAGUGGGCAGGUUAUACUUCUAGAUUUAGAUUUUAAAAAUCCAAUUAGAUAUUUGUGGUCACUAUUCAGAUAGUAAUGCAGAUGGGGCCAUAGCAUGCAAAAGAAAACAACAACACUAAUUUAUGUUUAGUUAUCACUUUUAUUAAUCUUUUCUCCCCCCCCCCCCUGUGUUAUUUUCAAUUAUGACUGAAACCAUUAAAAUGCUGUUCGCAUUUUUCUGUCACUGAUGUGUUGGCCUUUCAAUGGUGUUUUUCGCUUCCCGGUUGCUGUUUAAGCAACAUUUUCAAGUACUGAUUUUCUGACUGGUAAUGAGAACCAACAACUAAGAAUCAGUACAUAAGGUGUGAUGCCAUUUGAUUUUGUUUUUAUAUUUGUUUCGUUUUUGUUUUUUUUGUGGUUACACUCCGACAGCACAAUUGGUGGAAGUAGCCAGACAAACGUUUGUGUAGUUUUGGUUAAAUUACAAGCAUGUUAUUUAUUUUUUUAUUUUUUGGGGUAUAUAUAAGGAUUCAUACCAUCACACUGCAGAAGCAUCCAUUUUUUUAUGGUUGAAUAUUGCAAUGAAAACAUCAUGCUUGUUAUAACAUAUGUUCAUAUUGAUCAUUGUUUAUUAGCAGUGCUCAUCUAGAGUUCCGUGUUUGGAAUGUUCUUUUUUUUUUUUUAAGCUUUUACUUUUCACCGGACAUUUCUCCCCUGUGAUCUAUGCAAAGCAUCCUCCAUUGUCCCUGUGUUAAAAGGGAAGGUUGAAGAGGACUGGUUAUAAAUGUGAGAACAAGAUCAGUGGGUACAUUUGUGGAGGUGUAGGGGGAAAUGCGCAACAAGUUGGAUUGAAAAUCAUAUUCCAAUAAUGUAUCAAUGAAUGUUGUCAAAAAUAUUUUUCUAUGUUUUGAAAUCGUAAGGAAAUAAAACCGGACAGAAUCAGUGAGGGAAAAGCUGUCAGAACACUAAAAAGGGAAUGUUUUAUUAAUUCAUAAAUUCUUUGCUUAGCAAUGUUUCAUUUGU